UUCGAGGUAAUCUCAUCUUUCACUUUUUGUUCGGCUUACUUUGCUCCAGUAAUCUCUCUCAGGAGAUCAAUGCUGUUGUAAUCAAAUCUCAAAUCCACAAACCAAACCCUGGAAAAAUUCCCCAAAUUCAUUUUCAAUCAAAUUCCCCCAAAAAUGGCAGAAUCAAUUGAGACACAACUCUCAGAAUUGGGAAUCAAUGGCGAUUUCUUCUCUUCUUCGUGUCCAAAUCUUCAGAAGAAUCUCAGUAUUCUUUCUCCCGAUCAGUUAAAACUGGGGAAAAUGUUGGUGGAGAUGGGACAAACUCAUCUGUUUCAUCAUUGGUCUCAACCUGGUUCCGAUGACGAUCAGGAGAAGAUUUCUUUCUUUGAUCAGGUGAAUAAGCUUGAGACUAGCUACCCUGGUGGAUUGGCUUCGUACAUUCAAAAUGCUAGAAGACUCCUUGCAGAUUCAAAAGAAGGGAAGAAUCCAUUUGAUGGAUUUACUCCUUCUGUUCCAUCUGGAGAAAUUCUUACCUUUGGUGAUGAAAACUUUGUAAACUUUGAGGAGGCUGGUAUCAAGGAAAUACGCAAUGCUGCAUUUGUCCUUGUUGCAGGUGGGCUUGGGGAACGUCUUGGCUACAAUGGAAUUAAGGUAGCUCUUCCUUCAGAGACCACAACUGGGACAUGCUUCCUUCAACACUACAUUGAGUCUAUUCUAGCUUUGCAAGAGGCAAGUUGUAGAUUGGCACAAGGUCAGUCUGAAGUACAGAUUCCUCUGGUCAUUAUGACAUCAGAUGACACAAAUGCACGUACAUUGGAUCUCUUAGAGUCAAAUUCUUUUUUUGGAAUGAAACCGGAUCAAGUGAAGCUGCUUAAGCAGGAGAAAGUGGCUUGCUUAGAUGAUAAUGAUGCCAGGCUUGCAGUGGACCCUGUCAACAAAUACCGGAUUCAGACAAAACCUCAUGGGCACGGGGAUGUUCAUUCACUUCUAUAUUCAAGCGGCCUUCUGAAAACAUGGCAUGAUGCAGGUUUGAAAUGGGUUCUAUUCUUCCAAGAUACCAACGGCCUGCUCUUUAGGGCAAUACCGUCAGCACUUGGGGUUAGUUCCACCAAGGAGUACCAUGUUAAUUCUCUUGCUGUUCCUCGCAAAGCAAAAGAAGCUAUUGGGGGCAUUACCAAACUUACUCAUGCUGAUGGGAGAACAAUGGUGAUUAAUGUUGAAUAUAAUCAACUUGAUCCUCUACUUCGAGCAACUGGUCAUCCUGAAGGAGACGUCAACUCGGAGACAGGCUAUUCUCCAUUUCCUGGAAAUAUUAACCAGUUGAUUUUGAACCUUGGUCCUUACAUUGAAGAGCUCACCAGAACGCAAGGUGCCAUACCGGAGUUUGUAAAUCCUAAAUACAAGGAUUCCAGUAAAACUUCAUUCAAGUCUUCAACUCGAUUGGAGUGUAUGAUGCAAGAUUAUCCGAAGUCACUGUCUCCUUCAGCAAGGGUCGGAUUCACGGUGAUGGAUGCAUGGUUGGCUUAUGCACCUGUCAAGAACAACCCUGAAGAUGCUGCAAAGGUGCCAAAAGGGAACCCAUACCACAGUGCAACUUCCGGAGAAAUGUUUAUCUAUCGAGCCAAUAGCCUAAUUCUUAAAAAGGCUGGUGUCAAAGUAGCAGCUCCUGUAACUGCAACUUUCAAUGGUCAAGAGGUGGAAGUAUGGCCACACAUCACAUGGAAGCCCAAAUGGGCAAUGACUUUUGCUGAGGUAAGAAGCAAAGUUAGUGGGAACUGUUCCAUCUCACAAAACUCUACUAUGGCCAUCAAGGGGCGUAACGUGUUUGUGGAGGAUCUCUCUUUGGAUGGGGCGCUCAUAGUUAAUGCAGUUGAUAGUGCAGAGGUAAAAGUUGUAGGACCUGUUCAUAACAAAGGAUGGCUUUUGGAGCAAGUUGAUCACAAAGACACCUCAAUUCCAGAGGAAAUAAGGAUUAGAGGUUUCCGCUUCAAUAAAGUUGAGCAGCUGGAGCUGAAUUACAACGAGCCAGGAAAAUACAGCAACAGUUCAUGAGAAGGAAGCUUACCCUACAAAACAGAUAGACUACGGCGUGGGCAGAAGUACAAUCUUAGACCAAGGAGGAAGAGGUCAUUCUUUAAUUAACCCCUGUACCUAGAUUUUUGUUUUCUUUAAAUGUAUCGUUCAUUCUCUGAUUUGCAUAAGCAAUAAAUUUGAGGCAACAAUAAGUCGAGGCUUCUAGUAAUUACCCUUUUUAGAAAAAAAAAAUGGGUCUGCAGGAUUCUCCCUUGUGAAUGCCAGAAGUUUGCGGGAAAUUUGCCGUUGAAAGUUUUCUUUUCAUACAAAUAAAAGGUUAAAGCUGCUAUGGGUUUGUAUUUAUCUGAAUACCAGCCGUGGUGCUCCCCAAUUAUUUUGUAGAGUGAGAAACUGUUGACUUGUAGUUAUCAUUUUUGAGCAUUUGCUGACUGUUAGUUCAUGUAAUAUAUACACUUAUACUCAUUCGCAUAAUUAGAAUCUGCAUUAUUACAUACAAUAAUAUCACGUUUGUCUGCA